GUUUGAGUCUAUGUGACCUGAAGCUCCGUUACAAACAAACAGCCAAUAGCAGGUUGAGGCACAUAUGAUCCAUGGACAGAAGCUAUCUAUGAUGGAGUAUUUGCAAGGUAGCCUACAAAUUAAGCAGCAAGCUUCCAGUGACCUUCCAGGAACCUACCUGGAACAUUCUUCUGGAUGAGUGGUGAUCAAGGAUUCAUGGCGUUUAGGCGGAUUCGAGGCGACGAACAAGAGGAGGAUAGGGAUGAUGGUGGGUGGCCUGAGGCCAAGAGGAAGAGACAGACGGUGCCAUCUUUCAUAUCAGUUAUGAGAGGAGCAAUGGCUGCCGAAAAGAUUCAGAAACUCGGCCUGGAUCUGGAACCAUUUUUUCGGAAGGCGGUUCAGGAGGAACUGGAAAGAAGCCUUUCUAAACAUGGACACCUACUGUACAGAUCUCCUCCAAUGCUUGUCAACUCCGUCGAUUCUUCGCUGAAGCUCGCCUUCGCGAAGCGGCUCCAGCUCCCAAUCUUCACCAACAACAAGCUCGUCGACGUCGACAACAACCCUCUCCAAGUCCACCUCCUUCACAUGAGCUCCACCACCACCUCUCAUCAUCAUCUCCCCAUGAUCAAGAAGCUGGAGGUGCUAGUCCUGGAUGGAGAUUUCAGUCAUGGUGAUGAGGGAUGGAGCAGCGACGAGUUCAGCGGCGCCAUCGUGAGGGAGAGGGAAGGCAGGAGGCCACUGCUCGUCGGCACGCUCAAUGUGGCCAUGGCCGAUGAUCAUCUUGGCGUUGCAUUCAUUGAUGACGUGGCGUUCACCGACAACUCGAGCUGGACCAGGAGCAGGAGGUUCAGGAUCGGCGUGCGCGCCGUGGCGGUGGCGGGUAGCGGCGAUGGCGGCGAGCUGAGGAUCCGGGAGGCGGUGAGCGAGAGCUUCAUGGUGAAAGAUCACCGGGGAGAAUCGUACAAGAAGCAUUUCCCUCCGAGGCCAGAUGAUGAGGUGUGGAGGCUGAAGAACAUACGGAAAGAUGGGCCAAUCCACAAGAGGCUGGAAUCUGAACGUGUCAGGAAUGUGCAGGGUUUUCUGAACCUGCAUGCCACCAACCCUGAAAAGCUCAGGAAGCUCGUUGUCAUGUCCGAUCGGCUCUGGAAGGCAACACUGCACCACGCGAAAACAUGCGAUUUUAGAGCUGCAGAAAUGAUGCAAGUGAAGCAAUCUUCAAUCGAGGCAUACCAGAAUUGGGAUCAGCUGGACGAAGCUGAGACUAACAAGACAGCCUCAGGCAAUCUUGGUCAGGCACAUGAAGGAUCACUACAGGCAGAUGAGAUAGGCACCGUAUCAGGGCCUCAUUUCCAGAGCAGAAACCAGAUGGAUUCUGAAGAUUCAUUGUCUGCUGCUGCUGUAACUGAAGAUGCAGAUGAUGCACUGUGGAGCCCUUGCAUGACAAGUGAUGGCCAUGGCUUGAUCAUGUGGAAAAACAACACUUCAGUGUGGGACCAAACGAACUAAGUUCAGCACAACCUGAUUAAUUAGAUCUCCAAUUGUUUGUGAUUUUCCCUAAUCAUGGAGAAGGCACAAAUCUGUACAUAUUGACACCACUUUUUUUGCAGCAACAUGCUGUUUCUUUUUCCCUGUGCACUAAGAUACCAUGAUAUGGUGAUAGUAUGAUAUAAAGUACCUUUUUUCUAUUUUGGACUGGAUAGAUAUGUAAUACUACUCUCCAUGCAUGAUAAAUUAUAAUGCUGCGUA